GUGACAGCAGAUGGGAGCAUCGACUGCCAGGAAAAUCCUGGUGAACAGGAAUCAGUAGUAUCACCUCUUCACUACUGCGAAGUUGUGUCUGCACUGCACAUACUCACUAAAGGUGGCAGUUUCUUACUGAAGAUGUUCACAAUGUAUGAGCAAGAUACCAUGUGCCUUAUGUUCCUGCUAUGCUCUUCAUUCAGGAGUGUGCAGGUGUGCAAACCAGCGACCAGCAAGGAAGGGAAUUCAGAAGUGUAUGUUGUAUGUCUCGAAUACAAGGGCAGGGACUUCAUGGAGCCCUGGCUUGAAGUGCUGAGGGAACAUUAUGGUCCCAGUAUACCAGACAAAGCAAUGUUCCCUCAGGAAAGCAUUCCACAGGAUUUUUUGGAUCAGUUGUAUGAGUGUGCAACCAUGUUCAAAAAUUUACAGACUGAUGUGAUCGAGACAAACAUCCGGGCCUAUCAAAGAGGUAGAACUCAUACUGAGGAUUUCAAGAUUAAGAAACUGAAAUAUCUGAUUGCAAAUCACUUCAUGGAGAAAUAUGAGGUGAAGAAGUUGCCUGAAUCAGAAGAAGUGGUUGGGAAAAGCAAGCUGAAAAAAACAGUGACGCUUAAUAUGGAUCCUCGGGCUGAAGAAGGUUCUUUUGCAGACCGGCUUAAGAAAUCAACAUUACAGCCAGUGCAGCUGCUGAAGGUUCUGAGGGAGGAAGUGGAAAGUAUGUCUGUCACAUGGCCAUUCCAUGAGGAUGUGCAGCAUUUUGAGUUCCCUCCAUGUGUGGAUGGAUUCAAGCUGGAGAUUGGUAAGCCUGUUAAGACCAUCCAGAGCUCAAAGUUCUGUUUGGGUCGCCUACUUAGAAUACGUAACCAAGUACGUGAUUUAGCACGAAAGGCUUUUCACUUGAGCCAGAUUUCACAGACUAACACACAGGGAACUCCCAGUCUUCAGAAUGGCGUACCAUGCAAGAGCAGUGUUGGGUCUCAACGUCUAGAUCAAGAAAGUGAACUCUCCAAGAAAGUGAGGAAGAAAUAUCCUAAAAGCGAACUAACCAUCUUGAAUUACAAGGAGAAGCUGUGGACAUCAAUCGAAGGUGCAAAUGAGGAAGCUGAGAUACAUGCAUUUCUUCACAUUAUGGAGGCCAUUGAUGGAAUGUGGAGAGAUGAUAACCUGCUGCUGCAGGGCUAUCCCAUGCUGACACAGUUCAAUGUUGGGCUUGUAUAUAUGCUGUGCCAUUUGUUUAAUGAGGUUUAUUUUAUGAAGCCGGUAAAACAAGACUUUGCAGUGGUAUUCAUCAAAUUCCGCCAGUGGAACCCAGUCAUGCGUAGGUUUCUGAAUGAGGUAGACCACACCAUUGAGAAGCUUCACAGAGAGGGCGGCAGUCAGACAGUUCUGUCUCUCAUCCCAGUCAACAAGUUGUGUGAGCACUGUAGCAGCCCUAGCAAGGCAGAAGUGGAUUCCAGUGAACAGUCAUGCAGCAUGAGAGAUGGUGAUGGGUCAGCAGAGAUACAGGAAGAUUGUGAUCGCAUCUUCUACAAGUGUGUGACAGAGCUCAAUCAUCUGUGUGUGAAGGAGCAGGUUACUGACAUCAUUGCCAACAUUCUGGAGCAGCACGAGGACAGCAGCAUGUGAUGGCCAUGGAGCAGGUCACACACGUCACUUUGGUGAGUGGUAAGGAAAAAAGAAUAACUUAAUUUGUGAUGGUAUGGAAAAGACUGCAAACCAUGUCUUGAUUGAUAGCAGUCUGAUUUAAAUCAGCAUUCAGAUAGAGAGAUCUGUUGGUUCAGUUGUCUAAUGUCUGGUGUGGGGUCUGGUCACCUCUGAAGUUUGCAUAUAACAUGAUCUCUUUUUUUAUACUACACUACGUAAUUACUACUGAAGCAGAAUGAAUGUCAUUCAAGCGUGAAAACUCACUGCAAGAAGGAGGCUCUGAUAUGUCUGCAUGUGUCCGGAUUCUGUUAUGUAAAUUCAGGCAUGUUGCAGGGUAAAUGGGGAAAACAUUUGAGAAUACUUCCAUAAGGGUAAGAAGGAAGUAGAUUAAAUUGUGUUUGAGAACAAGAGUGAGUUUAAGCUCUUAUGUCCCUUUUACCAUGUCCUAUUAACAGUGAUGUGCAAGAGUCUGAGAAUUGUAUCAAUGUGACAUUCUGUAAUGUGGCAUGGUUUGUGCAGUGUUUAUGAUGUAGCAGGUGACUCUUUUGUUCUCAUCCCUUUCUAUGCUGUUGGAAAGAUUCCAGAAUUUAAUUUUCCAUACAGGUGUACUGUCAGAAGCUUUCUGCCACCAGUGUACAAAUCUUCUGCCAUAUUAUGAUUGUCCCAUUGCUAUUCAAAUUCUUUGACAGUUCCUUUAAUGGUUCAUAUAUAGGAAUAACAGAUGACAUGGCAGAAGUCUUUUAUUUAUCUAUACCACAGUGUUCUCCUACCUGGUAUGAAUGAGGCAGGAAAGAAAAAGAAUGAUGAAUGGUUAAUGCAGUGGCAGUGCACUGGGUACAGUGGUAAGAUAUACCAAAAUAUAUUUUUAAAUUAAAGAGAAGUUUUAAGGAAAUCUUGUAAACAUGUUUGAGUUUGAAGCAUGUGCAAGUGCAGUGUAACAUUCAGCGAGGAGCCACCCAUCUUAAUUGAUCUCUGUUUAAUUUCAACAGGUCCUCCGUAGUUCUGGCAGAGGGUCCUGAUAUAAAUCCUUUUGCCAGUAACAAGCAAUUGUUAAAUAUGCUUCUGUGGUCACAGAAAUCAUGAAUGGCAUUUCAGAAUUUUGUGAGCUAUUUUUAUGGUUUACUGUGAACAGUUUGAAAGAGGAGCUUUCACAGCUCUUUUAUGUUUCCGUGAGGAGGAGGGGAAAUGAGUGAUGGCAUCUGUAGAAGUAUAUAGUUGAUUUUUACUAUUGUUAUUUGUAAUGCCUCCUCACUUAAGUUUCUGAUAAUGUACUGAUAGGCUGCUAAUGCUAAACAUACAAACGUUUUAUGUUAUGUCAUUUGCAGAAAUGUCUUUGUCAAAGAAACGACAUGAGAAGCUGCAUCUCCAGAAACAUGCAUGUUAUUUUGACAGGCAUUAAUGUGCUAUUCUCACUCAUUGUUGAUGAUAAACCUUCAUUAAGGUGAGAAUGAAAAGUGUGAUUGUUAGUUCCAGGGAUUAUUUACUUGAGGGCAUGAGCCAAAGACAGUACUCAACAAAUUUAUUGUGGCUGUGUACUAAAUAGUGAGAGUUGAAACUAAACAUUUUUGUAUGACUUGUAACAGGAAGGAAGUGUCUAUACAUUGUAUGAAAUGUAAGAAAUUUAUUUCACUUAGCAAAUAGCAGUAUCAUAUUUUAUUAUUUAUAUCUUACAAUUUAUGUAUAUUAUUUACUUUCUACUUUAUUUUUAAUUUAUGAAUGAUAUAUAAUAUAGAAUAUUUAGAGUAUCUUAACACUUUAACUGCUGUGGAAGUUAUUAGUGUCUGCUGCAAAUUCUUUACCUCAAGCUGUGGUAGUCACUGGUGCCCAAUUUAUAAUGCUUGGGUGUGUUUUCAUCCCUCAGAUUCAUGUCCAUUGGCUGUGUGCAAUUCUUAAGGGAAUGUGGCCACUGUGGCUUUUUGGUGCUGCAACAUUCAUUUGUGUUAAUGGUAAUUCACAGUAGUAUAAAAACAAUAUAUAUUUUUUCACAGUUAACUGGUACAAAAAUGUAAACAAGAAGUUCUGGGAAGAACUAAUUGGCUGUUUUCCUUUCACCAGAAUUUGAGUAUUUGGCAUGACAAGUAGAAAAAACUUUAGUAGGUAUGCAUAAUAAAGUCAACAAAACCGUUUGUAUUACUGGUGGGAGGAGUUUAUGAAGUAUGCUGUUGAGAUAGCCCCAGGUGACAUGAUGUACAUGCCAAGUUUCCUAAAGAAUGGAUCAGACGUUCAGAAGUUAUUAGGGUGGAAUACACAUGCAAACAUGCACAGCAAGGUGAUCUCAUGAGCCUACUUUUAUUCUUUGAAAACUAAGCAAAGUAAGCUAAAAAUCAUGGCUGUUAACGAAUCACAGACAUCAAUACUAUAAGAAGCAAAGACUUUUGCAGGCAUAAAUAUUGUCCAUUCUCACUGUUCAUCAUCUUGAUGGUUUGAGCUGACAUUGGUUCCCCUGGUUGAACUUCCUGUAUCUGGAUGUUUAUUUUUCCUUGCUAUUCACCUGAUCAAGAAAUUCUUUGUUACUGGAUCAUCAUCUCCACAAGAGCCUGUUAUUAGACACUACAUGAAACUUCUUCCAGUUGCAGAGAGCUUCCAGUACAUCAGCUCAUAGUGUGGUCUUUUGGGCUAAUGUGCCAUGUGCCAUUUAGGUGCUUACCGUUGUUUCAGAGGACUGUGCUGCUGCCUUCACCUUCCACAGUGAAGAUGGAGGCAGUAUGCUUCUCUAAAAUGUUGGUACCCGCCUAUCAGACUGCAUGAAACUGCAUAGGACUACAUAUAAUACAGAAGGUCACACCAUGGAUUUUCUCUACUGUGCAACCAAAAGUCUUAUACUUCUGUGUGAAGUUUAAUGUUUGAAGAUCCGCUUUAUAGAAAAAUAUUACAGUACUGUAUUAAUUGUGUAGUUUAUCCCAUGCUGUGACAACAUACAUAUAGUUACUAUACAUAUAAUACAUACAUAUAAUCCAGUGAUUAUGUUUUGUAUACAAAGCUACGUAUAAAAAUGUAUAGUAUCAUGAAUGAUUGUUUCUUCAAGAACUUGAUACUUUGAUCAUUGUUCAUUUGUAAAGAAAACAAACUAUGUACUUUUAGUUUAUGGUCAUGUAAUUUCAAAAUAAAUUUUAAAAUAACCAAA